AUGGCGGUCAGGUCGACCCGCGAGCUGCAACGUAUAUCGUCCUCGGCGUCUUCGUCGCGCGUCAGCAAAAGUGCCAGCACCAGCACCGAUUCCUGGAGGGGGCGAUGGAAGAAGCAGAGCGCCCUCGAGAGCGGGCUGGCGAAGCUCACCCUUUGCGCCUCGUCGUUCGCGUGGAUGCACGGCAAGCAGUGCAUCAGGGGGUUCCAGCGUGUGCAAAUGCUCCCGGCGGAGUUCAGAGAGCAGCUGCAGAUGAGCCUGCACAUCUACCUCCGCCCAUCCGAGGGCGCCGCGGUGGCCAGGUUCUUUGACGUGCAACAAGUAGGCUCGGUCAACGGGGAGGUCUUCGUGCGCUGGUUCUUGCAGGCCGGGCUAGACUCGCGCGAGGAGCGACUCCGAGCCCAGGCCGCCGUGGACCACGAAGAGCAAAGGCUCCGCCGAGAGGGGGAGCGAGCGGAGGUAGCAAGGAAACGCGACGCCAACACCGCCGCGGUGGAGGUCGAGUUUUCGGCGGAGGACCGCGCGUCCGCCCUGCUCUUGCUGGGGAAAAUCGCGCUCUCCUACCACGACCAAAGAACCGGCCACGAAGCUGCUCAGCGAGACUUUGCGUGCGCUUUGGGCCCUAUGGCGUUCCGCCUCCAGCUGUUCCGGUCGUUCGGGAUCCGGCUAACGGACCGGCAGUUCGCCGCCCUGUUCGACGUGAUGGACAUCAACCGAGACCGGCAAGCAAGAAAGCACUUGAAGCUCUCUUGA